UAAUUUUAAUCGUUAUUACUUGAUUACUUCUACGUGAAAAAAUUUGGAAAUUAAACCCUAGCAACGAAAAGUACUGUACCAUAAUGUCGUGUUUUGGAUGUGGCAGCACUGGCGGUGACAGGCGUAGUUGAGUGGUGUAUAUCCCUUUAACCUUGUUUUUUUCCUUGCUUUGAGCCUUUAACUGUACUGUGAGGUAGGAAUAUAAGAAAAUAAGACUUUAAGCGUAUUGCUCUAAAUUUGAUAACUUUUAUAUGAUAGGAACUAACUGCUGUGUUAGAAUUCUCAUUGACGUGGUCUAGUGGAAGUGGUCUUUGUGAACUAUCACUAUGAAUUCGGGGGAGUCUGGAAACCAGCCAUGUCUUCCAUCCUGGGCUGAUAACAAAUUUAUGCAAGACGUGUUAAGGAAAGGCGAAAGUGACUCAACAAUUACCCUGAAAGACGUGCAUUUCAGGAAAAGAAAUGCAACUGAUGAAGGCUUUGCUAGUGAAAUGUUUUUCUUUUCACUUAGUUUUACUAGAGGAACUACAGAUGAAAGCAAUGAUUCGAGGAGAGCAAUUGAAAGCAGGCCACUAUUAUUGAAAAGCUUGCCAGUUGGUGGAAAACAUCAGGAAUAUGUGUGUAUCUCGUCGUCUUUCCCCAGGGAAAUCACAAUGUACAAUAGCAUAUUUCCUAGAGUUUACAAGCUGCUGGAGCAAGCACAUGGUGGGACAUAUAAGCCUUUCUCGCCAAAAUUCUAUUUUAGUCAAAAGCUUCCUGUGCAAGCAUUGGUUUUGGAGGAUUUGUCGACCGAAGGCUAUAAGCUUCACCCGUUCCGUGGUUUCGACCUCACCCACUGCAAGCUGAUUCUGAAGAAGUUGGCGCACUUCCACGGUGCGUCGGCGGUGCUUCACGAGCGGGACCCCUCCAGCAUGGACACGUACAGCGAGUGCCUGUUCACCGAGGACGACCUGGCGAGAGACCACUGGAGUGGGAUGUUCUCGGGAAUGGCUAGGACUUUGGCGGCUGCCGUGAGGACGUGGCCUGAGUUUGACAAAGAGGAUGCAGACAGGCUGGAUAGAUUUGCAGACACUCUUAUUGACAAUCUGGAAAAGAUUUUGAAGCGAGAUGAAAAUGGCUUCAAUGUGCUCAACCAUGGUGACCUUUGGGUUAAGAAUGUUCUGUUCAAAUACGAUGACGUAACUGGAGACAUUGCAGACCUACGUAUUAUCGACUUCCAAAACUCUCACUUCUCAUCGCCAAAUGUGGACUUGCAGUACUUCCUAGCCGUCAGUCCAGACGACGACGCACGCUUCAACCACAGAGCCACGAUGAUCGAAGAGUACCACAAAGAGUUGUGUUGGGUUCUGGAACGUCUUGGCUAUCGCAAGAAGGUGCCUUCGCUAGCGGAACUGAAUGAUGAGCUGGACAAGAAGGUGUGGCAUGGACUCUUCGCAGCUGUCACGGACCUACAAAUUCUUUUGAGCGAAAAUUUUGAAUUUGAUUCUAUGAGGCAGGAAGAGAGUGAGACAAAGAAAGAAGGUCCUCACUUAAGCCAAAGGUACAGAAAUCUAAUGCACCGUCUUCUGCCAAUGUACAGGGAAAAAGGUGUUUUAUGAAACACAUUUUUUUUUUUAUCAAAAACCUUAGGUGCAGUAUUAAGUUAUCAUUCCAAAGAUGUUAUUUUUGAAUGCAAAAAAAAAUACUCUUGUUGAUGAAGAAUUGUUACUGGAAUAAUGUAUCGCUGAACAUCAUGUUCCUAUGAUCAAAUAUUUAGCUGAUGUGAAGUUAUAACUGGCAUGACUUUUUUAUAUGACGGCCUGUUUCUAAAUUAGUGGCCCACAACUCGUCAGGUAAUUUUUUUUUUCAUUGAAUCAAAGCAGUGAAAGUUAUUUAAGAUUUAAAACAUCACAAUGAAGAGUAAUGAGGAAUAACUUGGCCGUGGCCUAUAGUAAGGAACCACCCCAGCAAUAUCCUUGAGUAAUUUCAGGAGAUCGUGGAUAACCAAACUCACUUUAGUUUAACUGAAUUCAAACUCAAGUCCUUUACAAUGUUAGGUUAGCGUUUUACCACUGUACCAUCAUACUAUGUACAUAUUUUUAGGUAACUGUGUAUAGUAUUGGUAUUAUAGUAAUUGUAUUUGAGAAAAAAAAUUGUUUAUAUUAUUAGUCUAGUAAUAAAACAUAAAUUGUUUUUUUUUAGUUGAAACAUGCCAGUAGAAAAUAAUACUUUUUCCUUAGAUGAUAUUCUACUUGAUAUUACAUGAACCCAAAUUCUUAUAGUCAUUGCACAAGUGUUUGAAGAAUGUUACAAAUGUAGGUAGGUUACAUAUCAACACUAGUACAUAGUUGGGAUCUACAUGAGCCCUUUAUAUAAAACUUAAGUUACUCUCUAGGCGUAUAUGUAGUUAGAUAACAGAAUGUUUCACAACUUGAACAAUUCUUGUCUUGGAAGCUAUUUAGGGGUAUUAAUUUUUAAAUGGUUUCUUUUCAUUAUAGCAACAAAUCAAUAUUAAAUAAUUUUUAAGUCAUUAUUACUAUGAACUAAAUAUCUUGUAGACACAUCCCUAAUACAGGUAUAAGGUAGUGGAGGGUAAGUGUGCGCAUUUAGUGGAAUAUUUGGCAUGAAUAUUUAUUAAUACGCAUUUGAAGAAAAUUAAUAAUACAGGAUGAUAGAAUAAUUUUUCGGGAAUGUCCGGGAGAGCCCAAGUAAUUGUAGAGCAGGAGAUUCUCUUUUAAUGAGCAAAAUGGUAAAAGUCGGCAACCCACAGAGGGUAAGUGUGCGCAGCAUGUCGGGUAAGUGUGCGCAUAAUUCUUAUCAGUUGUACAUUGUAUACUUUAUAUUUCUGUACACAUAAAAACUUUUACACAUAAAAUCGUACUGGACAAAAAUUUAUACAUUUAUACAUAAAUGUAACAUAUUAUUUUGAUAAUUAAAACAUUUAGAAUUUCUUUUUAUACAACCAGUAAAUCUGAUGCUACUAUUCCCUACACACGCUACUCGCACCCAGUUAAAAUCAUCACAUAUUCUUUAAACAAUAAUCAUAAUAAAAAACUCCGCACCCUUCAUAAGAUGAGCAAAGUUCAUGCCACCAUUCACUACACUCACAACAUUACACCCAGUCCUCAUCACUGCAUGAUUCAUCACAUCCAGGGCAGAUGUAGUCUUGUGAAGGAGAUUGCUGAUCGGACGCACUUCUCGUAUUGAAUGUUAGUUUGCGUUUGGCUGUAAGUAACUUCGAUGUUUCACAUUUCUCUUCUUUGUUGUUUUUCAACACUGAAUGUUUGACUUGAUUAGCUUUCUUUCAGCUCUUACUUUCGCAUUUUCAAUUUUUUUAUUUUCUUCCUCUUCUUUAAGUUUCUUUUUUUCUAAGAGCAAAUUUUUGUAAGGUGUUGCAGUUAAAAUCUCAGAUUUCUGCCAAAUUCUUUUCCUUUUGGUUUGCUUUUGAGCUUUGGGCAAGGGAUAAAUCGCUGUGACUGAGACAGUUGGUCCUGACGAAGUGCCAGCAAUUGGAAUGAUUUCUAUUUGUGACACGUUUGUGUUUUCUUGCGCCUUUGUUUCUUCUCCUGUUAUUUUAUCCUCCAAUUCUUCAUUUGGUCUCCUUUCAUUUCGUACAUCCCCAUCUUCAACUGGUUCGAUGAAAUCUGAUGAGUGGUCAAUGCCUUUCGCAGCUGGCAGUUAAAUUUUCUCUUAUAUUUACCCAUAUCGAGUGAAAACUGGAAAAAAUAAUAUGAAUUAUAAUAGGAAUUAUGUAAUAGCAAAAUACUAAUAGUAAACUAAUUGAAUGUAUUUUUCGGGAACGAGAGGCAAAGUGUACGAAGGCGGGUAAGUGUGCGCAUUAACAAUAUUGGUGCGCACAUUUGCACGCCUGCAACACUAGUUCAUAAAAGUCCCGCUAGAUGGCAUAAGAAGGAAAAUUUUCACAAGUGAGCUACAGCAAACGUAAGCUACGCCUGCCAGUUUUUACGUGACAACUGUGAGAACACGAUUGAAUUAUUUUCAAAGGCUUAAGCCCUUAUAUUAACAUACCAAAAUAUUGCAUUAUACACAGUGAAAACUAGUAUAUUACCUGUACAAAUCGCAGAAUUUAAUUAGGAAUCUUCGCUGUUCAUUCUUCUUGCUUCUUUCCCAACUCACUACAAUACUUGCAUGUCAAUUGCUGCAUCAGUGUUACCAAUUACUGAAAAACGUCACUGCGCACACUUUCCCGCCUGCACACACUUACCCUUCACUACCUUAUUAGAAAACAUGUAAAAAAAGAGGAGAGGACUCUACAUACCCAUACUUUCAAGCUCGGUAAAUUUAAAUUAUUAAUCCUAUUUACCAUGUGGGAGACCUGAAAAUUGUGGUUUAUGUUUUUGAGCUUAAACGAAUAUCAUUGUUAUGCGAGUCAUUUGUGACUGGUAUAAUCCAGGCUGGUUCCAGUAGCUUUCACAGGAUCUGACCGUUUGCAGGCUGACUAUGUAUGCAUUACAAUAUUUUAACUGCACUUUUAACUACACGUUAUUCAUUAUAUUUAGAGCAGUUCAUCAUCAAUUUUUGUUUGGAGCUGCUUUUCUUUAACGGCAAACAUUAAAAUAUUAUUUCAUUAACAGAAAUUGUGUUCACUUUUUCUCAUCAUUGUUGCCACAUCUUCCCAUAAGUUGACAUACAGGAUAAUUGUCCAGGAAAGGACAGUUCAGUUUUAUUUUUUUAUUUUUGCUAAGUUGUUUUGAUUUUAUAAAGUUAUGAAGUUAGACUUUUUAUCAAGUAUUCAGUCAUUUUGACUGAUAAAUUAUAGUCAAGGUGGUCAGAAAUAACUGGUGUUUAUAGAAAUAUUUGUGUAAUGUAAAAUCAUCUUAUUGUAUGAUAUUAUAGUUCAAUUGUACUGUGCAAGAUUAUGCCUAAAAGUACAAGGAAUGUGGUUUUGAUAACUUUGAUUUUAUGUGGAAUACGUCAGACUUAUUGUCGUUAUUUUUAUUUAUAUUGAAUAUAUUGAAUAGUCACAUUUUAGUGACUAAUGCACACUUUUUGUCAUUGUUUUAAUGAAUUUUUCAGUUAUUGUAUGAUAUAGUAAUAUUGAAAGUGUGUAAAGUUCAGUAGAUUUGGAGAUUAAAUGUUCUAACAUGGUUUCUACUGCACAUGAUUAAAUUUGCUUUAUGCCAAAAAAAUAAUUGAAUUAACUUUAUCUUUACUUUACAGAAAUUAAUUUUUUGAUGUAUUAAGUUCUUGGUUGCCAAGUAGCUUUGAUGUAUUAUUUUAUAUAAAUUUGUGAGGUUAAUGAUGUUUUUUUUUACAGGCCAUUCUUAGAUAACAGUUUUGCUAUUGUCCUUUGUUACCUUUCUCUGUUGCUCCAUUAUCCCUGUUUCUUACUCGUGUUAAUCUCGUUCCUUCAGAGUAUCUAUUGUCAGUUAUAAAAUCAAUUUUUGAUAAAAAGUAUUGAAACAUCAAAUGUAAAACAUAAUAAAAAUCAUUAAUACUGUAAUGUUCGCAGGCUUUCACAGCCAUUGUCUGAAGUAGCUUGGCUUCUGGGUUGUAGCCGUGUCCUUGGCGAAUAAUUCACAUAUUCGCCAAGGAGAUGGCUACAACCCAGAAGCCAAGCUACUUCAUUAAUACUGUAUUUUUUGCAUAGUUUUAAAUGGUUUUUGUUAAUGUUUUGCAGAAAUUAAAAAUCAUUUUUGUUUAAAUGUGUUACAUUUUUGUAGUAAGUUAUAAAAAAUUUAAUAAACAUGUUGAACUUUGAA